AUGAGCGCGGCUGGGGGCUGUCUGUUUGACCGGAGGCUGUGCUCCCCCCAGGAGGUGUGCGUGCAGGAUGGGCUGUUUGGGCAGUGCCAGGUGGGCUCCGUGCAGGACAGACCCUACUUCCACGUCACCUCUCCUGUGCUCCAGCGCCUGCAGGAUGUCUUACGGCAUCUCAUGGCACAAGGGCUCUCGUGGCAGGACGGUAUCACCCAGUAUGUGAUCUCGCAGGAGAUGGAGCGCAUCCCCCGCCUCCGCCCGCCGCCCUCGCUGGAGCCGGCAGCUAGGGACAGGUUCCUGCCCCUCCGCAGCUCCACCCGGCGAGCCCCGCUCCCCGUGGACCCCAGCCUGCCAGCGGCUCAACAUCUGGGGCAGCCCCCGCCGCUGCUGCCCUCCCCCCUGGUGCAGCGGUACCUGGAGCACCUCCUGCUGUCCCCCCCACCCCAGCUUGGCUACGAAGAUGCUCUGCUUAACCCCUACUCCUAUCACAAGUUUGGCUACCAGGACAGCGCUCACCAGCUCCCCGGCGGCUCAGCCAGGCAGAGCCCUGAGACCACCUCGCUGCUGGGCCGGGUCCCUGCCCAAGCCCUUUUUGGGGCUGGCCCUGUGUCCUCCUAUGGUGGGCAGCCGGGAACGGAUGGGGGGCAUCUCUUCCAGGACUUGGGGAUGCUCUCCCUGCCCAGAGAGAAAGCCGGCCGCCCGGAUCCUGCCAGCACCAGGCUCCAGCACAGCUUGCGGCUCCCCAGUGACUACAGGGACAUGGAGGAGAGGGAGCAGCCAGUGUCCCUGGCUGCCCAGCUACACUCUGCGCAGACGGACGCUGCCCUGAAGAGAUUGGCUUCCCUCCUGGCUAGCUAUGGUGUAGGGCUGCCGGAGCUGAGCCCCCAGCAGCUGAGCAGCCUCUCCACCCUCCUCCAGCUGCUCCAGAGCUCUGGUGUUGCUGGCCCCGAAGUGCCCACAGCGAAACGGGUGACAGAGGGGGACAUGCAGCAUGGAGAGGAGCCAGUGCCACCUUCCUCCACAGUGCUGCCCCCCAAAAUCCCAACCAGCAGCUCUCCAGGGGACUGGCCGAGGGGCAGGGCAGCAUCCUCACCACCCCCCCAGGCUGAGCCACAGCAGGGACACGGUGGGGACAUGCUCAGCCCUGGGAAGUCUAUCGUGGUGGAGAAGAAGAGCUACGUGGAGGCGAAGGAUGGUGGGGCGCAGCGGGGCACGCGGCCACCGGACGAGUAUGGCUACAUCGUCACGGACCAGAAGCCCCUGGGGCUGGCCGCUGGCGUGCGGCUGCUGGAGCUUCUCGCCAAGCACCUCCACCCCUCCACAGCCAGCUUCAUCAACAUCAGCGUCGUGGGACCCGCACUCACCUUCCGCAUCCGGCAGAACCCCCAGAACCUCUCGCUGGCAGAUGUGUCCAGCCAGGCUGAGCAAGUGAAGGCAGAGCUGGAGGCAGAGCUGGGCCUGAAGAUCGUGCAAACAGGAGUGGGAGAGCGAAAUGAAGCUGCUGCCUACUCGCGCCCAUCCCGCUUCAGGGACGGCUUCCACUCGGUGCUGCUGACCUUCAUCGCGCUGGCCUGCGUGGCGGGCAUCGCCAUCCACAUGGCUGCCAAGUCGCUUUUCGGCCGUGCUGAGGCACCGGCAGCACCAGCGGAGACCUCGCGGGUCAGCAGCGUCUCAUCCCAGUUCAGUGACGCCCCGCAGCCCAGCCCCAGCUCCCACAGCAGCACGCCCUCCUGGUGCGAGGAGCCUGUCCAGUCCAACAUGGACAUCUCCACCGGACACAUGAUCCGUGCCAAGGAGUGGCAGGCUCUCUGCGCCUACCAGGCUGAGCCCAGCAUCUGCUCUAUUGCCCAGAGCGAAGCCAACCUGAAGAAGAACCGCAACCCCGACUAUGUGCCCUAUGACCAUGUGCGGAUCAAGCUGAAAGCUGAGAGCAACCCGUCCCGCAGUGACUUCAUCAACGCCAGUCCGAUCAUCGAGCACGACCCACGGAUGCCAGCGUACAUCGCCACGCAGGGGCCACUGUCCCACACCAUCGCUGACUUCUGGCAGAUGGUGUGGGAGCAUGGCUGCACCGUCAUCGUCAUGCUGAGCCCACUGGCCGAGGACAGCGUCAAGCAGUGUGACCGCUACUGGCCGGAUGAAGGGUCCUCUCUCUACCACAUCUACGAGGUGAACCUGGUGUCAGAGCACAUCUGGUGCGAGGAUUUCCUGGUGCGAAGCUUCUACCUGAAGAACGUGCAGUCGCAAGAGACCCGCACCCUGACGCAGUUCCACUUCCUCAGCUGGCCGGCCGAGGCCAUCCCCGCGGUUCUGGUGCAGCUGCUCGUCUUCCGCAGGAAGGUGAACAAGUGCUACCGGGGUCGCUCCUGCCCUAUUAUCGUGCACUGCAGGUACUGA